AUGCGCGCACCUCGCUCGCGCCCACAUUCGCUGCACGCCGUCCAGGCCCCGAUGCAAACCCCCGUGCAGCAGCAGCAGCAGCAAGGCAGGAAGAUCUUCAAUUGCAUUGUCGAUGAUAGCGCGCUAGUGGCUGGAGUCAAGAGGAGCACACGCAACGGUAUCCGGCAAUGGGUUAAGAACGGACAGAUCCGCCUCUUCGUGCCGCUGCAUGCGCUGGAGCAGCUGAGCCGGCAAAGAAGUGCGACCACGCGACACGGGGACGAUGUUCGCGAGACUCUGCAGUGGCUGGAUGAUGCCACGAGCAAGUUCCCAAACAUCGUCACUCUUCAGGGCGCCGAUGAGACCUACGAGAACUGGGCAGAUGUCGAGAAGUUUGCUGUCCCUCGCACCCUCUUCUCCGAGUACGAUGCGCUGGACGACGCCGCUUCAUCGUCUAUUCACGACUCGCCCAACCUUACGCUGAGCAAGCUUAGCCUGGACGACCAACCCGCUCGCCAGACUCCUCUCAGCUCUGCCGCAUCGGACGCCUCCCACCCCCUCUCUCCAUCCUCCAUGCGCAGUCAACGGUCGAGCUUGAGCGCCAUGUCUCCACCAACAAGUCCAGUGAAGGGCACAUCAUCUCCUGUGAAGGCAAGCGAUGCCGAGCCUGACGAAAGACCAACUUCGAGCACCGGCGUUCCGACCCGCCUGCAGCAACUCCUCAACUACAUCCUGUGGCGCAUCCACCAAGAACAGGAUCCAAUCGCAGCACUCGAGUCCUUCAUCUUCCUCUGCAACGAUGAAAGCAAGGUCAACUUCGCCCGCGGCUUCGAUAUUAAGACCAAGAGGCUGGAGCACAUGCGAGAGGCGAUCAGUAGGGAGGACCGUGACUUUCGCAAUCGGCAGUCGCUCGUGAAUCGCGAGAAUCAACCACCCGCUGCGCCAGCAGUCACCCCGUCGCUCAAUCAAGUACAGUCUGUGGACAACGACGACGACGAAGAAGAAGAAGAAGUCGUCUUCGCCCCAGCACCACCAAAAGCUCCGGCUGCAAUGCUGUCGAAGCAAAACAGCCAACGCGGCCGCGGCGCAUCGCAGUCCAACGUCCUCGAUCCCGACGCAUUCGAUCGCCGCGCCCCAAUAGGCCCUGUCGCACCGCAAGUAUAUCGUGCCGACAACACCAACGCUUCAUUCGCGCCUCGCGGUCAUGCACGUGGCAACUUCCGCGCCGGACCUCGCGCUCGCGGUGGCUACGGCGGUGGUGCCGCUCGACGUGGUGGUGGUGGUGGCGGCGCUGCAUUCCAAAGCAACGAUUCUCCUGCGCCCGGUGGUCAGAUCGAUCCGAACAGCUUUGCGCGACCGCGCAGUAACGGAUACACUGGCCGCGGAGGCCGCAAAUUAUGGGUGCCGAGUUAA